AUGAUUUGCAGACAAUUGUUAGGUUUGUUAGCAUCUUUCGUCUUAAUUUUAUGCAAUGACGAUCACCACGGCAUCUCAAAGAGGGCGCUGCUGUUCCCAAGGGCUACUAUUCUCCAGUUUAACUACGGACUUUCAGUGCCUCUAGUUCUUCCAAGACGUUCCAUCCUGAUCAGUGUAGUGGCCCAGGCUAAUUAUAACCUCCCAUACAACAUUUCAAACUUCACUCCGAUGACAGUAGCUGCCAGAGACGAAAGUUUCCUAGACAUCACCAGGAGAAAGUUCUACAAAUACAUAAUCGAGUAUUUAGACAGUUUUGGUUUAGAUGGAGAGGAGUGUCUAUUAAGGUCGAUUUGUGAGGUAGCAGAAGUACCGAUGCAUACGAAAGAUGCAGAAAAUUUGCUUGAAAGAAUCCUCCAUUUUGUCUUCACGCCUUCCCUGGAAAUGUACAGUGAAAGUGGUAACUUGACAGGGAGUAGUUUUGUUGACAGGCUGUUGCAAGCUGAGGAAAUAGGAACAAAUGAGGGACAAUGCUCUGAAGAAUAUUCGGAAUUUCCUAGAAAAGUUAAAAAGAUGCUCCUCAGGUUCAUUUCUCAGAAUUUCCAAGGCAAGACUCAGAUUUUAAGUCGUACUUACGUGACCCUAAUCUGUACUGCUCACAUGAUCUAUCAGAAGAGACCUAACAUCACAUUCGAAAGACAAAUCUCAAAUGUGGGUGAAGUGUGUAUAUCCUUGCUGUCGUGCAAGUCUGAUCGCCACGCCAUUUCGAAAAGGUCUCUACUGUUCCCAAGAAACGGAGUGGUACAGUUCACUUACGGGUUAACUGUGCCGUUAGUUCUGCCAAGGAGAUCCAUCAAUUUCAGCGCUUGCGCCCAAAGCAACUACAACAUGCCUACCAACAUUUCACGGUUGCAACCGAUGACGAUCCCCGCUAGACAGGACAACAGUUUUUUUACCAUCAGCAGGAUGAAAUUUUACGAAUACGUCGUAGAAUACUUAGAGAGCUUUGGCUUGGAAGGGGAAGAGUGUCUACUACGAUCCAUAUGCGAGAUAGCAGAAACUCCAAUGCAUAUAAAAGACGAAGACACCCUGCUCGAAAAAAUAGUGCACUUCGUUUUCACUCCGUCAUUGGAAAUUCAUAGUGAAAUCCAGGACUUGACUAAGCAGGAGGAUUUAGGACUCAUGGACAAACUACUCCUGGCAGAAAAAAAUGGAAAAACUGAAGGACAAUGCGAUGAAACUUAUUCCGAUUGUUUGGUUUCUAUUGUAGACACGUUUUCAACUAAAUACAUCAUAUAAACAACUGAGUUUGUUGUUAUUUACUAAAACAGUUAUACUUAAUUCGUGUUAAAUUGAAACAGGAUGACCA